AGUUGCUCUUGGUCAAAAUAAAAAAGGCAACGCGGAAGUUCACUUCCCGUCACUUUUUUGGGGUGGAAAAUUGCACGAUUACUUGUUGUGGAAACCAGAACGCUUCAUCAUGGCCACAGAAGAAGUUUAUUCCUCGACGGUGGUGUCAAACCCGAAUGCUGCCUGUUGCCUGGUGCCGUCACAAUGUCUGGAAAAAGUGCGCUUCAUCAUCAAGCUCUUGGAAGUGCUGCUGUCACUGGUGGCGUUCUUCCUGGAGGAGAUGGUCUACGUCUGCAUCAACUGCGCAGCUCUGGAGUUCUUUGAGUUUGUCAGCUGCACGGCGUUCCUCUUCACCGCCCUGCUCCUCAUCCUCCUCUACACUAAGCUGCACCGCCGGGUGGGAAUCACCUGUUGGCCCAGCCUGGACUUUGUGUACACGAUGGUGAUCGCCUUCUUAUUCCUCAUCGCCUCCAUCGUGUUUGCUGCCAUCAACGGCGGCACUACUCUGGAGAAAAGUGCUGUGGCAUUUGGCUUCCUGGCCACAUUUGCGUUCAUGGCCGACCUUUUCCUGUUUUGGAGGAAUCACGGGCUUCCCUUUCCCAAAGGGGACCAGGCGCAGUCUACUAAUGGCAUCCCAGCGGCAGAACCUGACCAGAAGGCUCCCGUGGAGACGGAGAAACUCAACUUGGACGCCGCAGCAGCCGAAUGAUUUUGUUUUGUUUUUCUGUGCUUUGUGUGCCCUAUGAAAGGUCAAACAUUUUUACACUUCAGGAGGCGCUCUCGUCUCCGAUAGCUGGCAUGAAUUCCUCUCUUUAUACUACUGAGGCCAGACACUCAGGAAAUAAACAAUCACUUUUCCACUCAAAGGAGACAUAUUACGGAUGAUUUUUCACAAUUGAAAAGAUUCCCCAGGUGUCCCAAGAAGCUUUUAAAGUGCUGCUCGUAGUGAUUACAUUUCAUUAGGACCGCAGCAUUUCACUUGUUGGUUGAUGUCGGGGCUUGUCACAAAUCCUGGCCAAGUACGCGUAACUUCAAUCCUCAUGUCAACAACACAGCCCAACGUUGCGCUGGUACUGGUGACAUGUGUUGGCUAACGCUAAUAUGUGCGAACACUGCAGGCCUGCUUUGAUAUGGUGGUGCUUCUCCCACUGCCUCAGUGUGGUUUUUUUGGAACUUUUUUUUGCCUCGUUGGCAAGCCAUUGGCUAACUGACUCUCUCAGUCACAUUUUGUGAUGUAUUUGAGAUAAAAGAUUUUCUUGGUUGAUUCAUUUCGGUCUCGAUUGCUGGGGAGACACUGCAACACCCAAAUAUUUGCAUAGGUACAUUAUGUAAUCAAUUGUCCGUAAUAUGUCCCCUUGAAUAUAGUUUGUAAAUAUUCUGAAGAUAGCUUGUAAGAACAGAAAGUGAUGUUAUCCCUUGUCAUUUUUUUUCUCGUGUUUUCUGUCAUGACAGUUAAACGGGAUCAUACAGUAACAAGCAAAUGAAGAUGCUUUGUGAAAAAUGUUGACCGCCAAUAAUAAUUAAAUGGAUUCUUAUUUUUCAUGUGGGCUGGGACUGAUGAAAAAGUAGACAAUCAAAUAUAAGAUUUGUUUUUUUCUGAUGAAAUGGCUCCACUUUGUAAUAUUGUUACUAACAGACAAUUCUAGAAUGUUGUUUCCCCUUAAACCUUACACUGAUGCAUUGCUUGGUUGAAACUCGGCUAACACUCUUCAAAACUUGAAUCUCUCUGUGUCAAAAUGCUAAGAUGUCUUAAUGUUUGGGUGUAUAAAGUUAUGAUGCAAAAUGAAAGAGGUUGUAGAAUGAUUGUGGACUUUGAUCAUUAUAAACGCACUCCUCUUAACUCUCUUGGCAGUCAAGCAAAUGGUAAAUGAGUAAUUUGUAUUUUGUUUCCAAACCAAUUUUCUAUUGGUUCAACAUCUCAGGUGUUCAGUCUGAUUGGUUCCAACAAAAAUAUCUAUUAAAAUUGAAUUGAAUUGUAUCCCAGAUAGGAUGUGGACUGCAAAUGAUGACGCAACACAAUCUAAAAAGCGGUUAGACUUGGUACCCAAUGAUGAUCAAUUCUUUUACUUUUAAUGCUCGAUAGUGUGUUCUGUAUUUGAACAUGUUAUCCAGACAUGUGCCACACUUGCAAUUGUGUCAAGAUAAAGUGACAACUCACUUGGUUCUAUUUUCACAGCAUUGAUCUUUGCAAAUUUCUGUCAGAACUAAAAUGUCUUCUACUUCA